GGAAGAGCUUCACGACUCCGCGGGGGCUUCGUCGCUUGGCCUCAUUUCGCUCGUAGGCCAGAGCAGCGAGGCGCGAAGAUUUCUUCGGCAGGGGCGGACGAAGUGGAAUGCGCAGGUUAGCGGGCGGCAGUGGAUUCGCAAGCUCAGGAGGCUCGAGCAGAAUUGGAAUCUGCGAGCGGUGCGAGAGCAUGCCGUUGAUGUUCUCCGGUUGUGGCCUGCGUGGUUGCGUGCGGAGGGAAUAGCGCACGAGGCGAGGUGGUGGUGCAGGACGGAGCUUUUGAUAUUGCUGUGUCGAGACGGACGGACUGUCGCUCGUGCUAAGGAGAGGGACCUCCUGUUCUGAUCGGGCUCUGCGAGUGUAGACAUCGCAGGCGCCACCUUUCUCAGGCUGCCGAGAUGCUUCCUCUCUCACUUCUGAAGACCGCCCAGGGCCAUCCCAUGCUGGUGGAGCUGAAAAAUGGCGAGACUUACAAUGGCCACUUGGUCAAUUGUGACACCUGGAUGAACAUCCAUCUACGAGAAGUUAUUUGCACCUCAAAGGACGGGGACCGUUUCUGGCGUAUGCCUGAGUGCUACAUUCGUGGAAACACAAUUAAGUACCUUCGAGUGCCAGACGAGGUUAUUGACAAGGUGCAAGAGGAAACCGGGAAACGAGAUCGAAGACCCCAGUUUCCUAGUCGUCCCCGAGGCCGCGGAAGAGGGGAGGAAGGUGCCGGGAGAGCCGGUGGACGAGGUGGACGAGGCUAUCAAGAGGAAGGCAACGAUAGAGCUGGGAGGGGAGCCUCUCGUGGUGGUACUCGAGGUUCAGGAAGAGGUGGUGGUGGUAGGGGUGGAUCUCGCGGACGAGGUUAAUCAACACCAAGAGAGGACAACAGGGAUCAUUAUAUACAAAAACUUCCACAGCUGUGGUUGUCAAUCGGAUGUCCUUCAUGUAGCUGAGGACGCACCUGGUUUUAUAUUUAAGAUCAGAAGUGUUGGAUUUAAGGUGGCUCAUUAGCGACUAGCGUUGCACCUUCAUCUUGUGUACUUCAUGUCCACCGGCUGUCAGGGUGAUGACAUGAUGGUGUAAAGGAAGUGUUAUGACCACCUGAGAGAUGGUUUGUAUUAGCUACUGUGGUUAUGCGAAUGUUGUGACUGAACACGCCCGCAAGUCACGUACCACGCCUGCAUGGAGCAAUGACCCUUUGAAGACUACGCAGCAGCAGUUAUCGUCUGGUUGAGACUCACUACAUGGUAUCUGCCAGUCACGGAAAAUCUGUACAAAUUCGUGACGUCAUGUCAAGUCCACGUUCUCCUACGUGCUGGCUAACGUUAUUCUUUACAGAACUUGAUGAUGUGGACGAAAGGGUCUGCCGAGUUCUGAGGAAGCGUAGACUCCCCAUUCCAGAUGUUCGUCUAGGUCACUUACACAGGAAUAUUUGUAAUUACAAAUCACAGAUAUCUUUUAUCUGUUGUACUUUUUGGAUUAAAGCUACAUUCGCCUUCGGC